AUGCUCUUCCUCCCCGCCGCCUUCCUGCUCCUCAGCAGCGCCUCGGCCCUGCCCCAGCCGUCCGUCAAGCGCGCAGACACGAAGCCCGCCGCCUUCUUCCUCGCCGGCGACAGCACCACGGCCGUGCAGUCGGACAUCGGCGGCGGCUGGGGCACCGGCUUUCUCGAGACGACGCUGCAAAACGGCGCCACGGGCGCCAACUACGGCCACAACGGCGCCACCACCGUGAGCUUCCGCGCCGACGGCGACUGGGACACGGUGCUGCAGGCCGUCCGGGACGCCGUCGACGAAUACACGCCUUACGUGACCAUUCAGUUCGGCCACAACGACCAGAAGACGGACAAGAACAUCACCAUCGACCAUUACAAGGCGAACCUGGCCCAGUUCGUCCAGGACGUGCGCGACGCGGGCGGCAAGCCGAUCCUCGUCACCCCCCUCUCCCGCCGGCAAUACGCGCCCCCGGCCAACACGACCAUCACCCGCAACCUCGCCGCCCACAGCGCCGCCACCCUCGCCGUGGCUUCCGCUUCGUCCGCCCUCUCCAUCGACCUCAACGCCGCCAGCGUCGCGUACCUCGACGCCAUCGGCCUCGACGCGGCGUACACGUACAACCUCGUCGCGGGGGACCGCACGCACCUGAACGCGGCGGGGAGCGUGGUGUUUGGGAACAUGGUUAGUUGGUUGAUGGGGAAGGAGAUUGGGGAGGAGGAAGGGUUGGAGGAGUGGACGGUGCCGGGGGGGAGCUAUGUCGAGGCGUUUGAGGCGGGGGUUUAUAUUGCGGCUUGA